UCCUGGUUGCUUCUAUUUCCUUGUGCCAGCCAAUGCAAGUGCCGUAGGUCGAGACCUCCUUGUUUGCAUUGACCCAGUCUCAUACUUCUAUCUUGACCGUUGAUCCCUUACUUAUACGUCCGCAUCAUCUCUAUCCUGGCGUAUCCACACCUCGAUACAAGGAAUCCUGAUCUAUCAUCUUUCUUGUUUGUCCUGUUCAUCUCUUCUUACUAAGGGACCCGGUUUCCCCAAUGCAAACGCAGACUUGAUAUCUGCUCGAACUUUUGAGUCUCUCGCUCUGUAUCUGCGCCAUCACACUCGUUUUGUUUCUUUAAUUGCUUAAUCAUGUUGCUCAAAAAUACUCUAGCAGCAAUUGUAUCUGCUGCUGCUGUUGUUGCAGCGCUACCGGCCACGGCACAACCAUUAUCGAAGCGCUCAGUGAGCUUCAACUGGGGAUCAGAGAAGGUACGAGGUUUGAACAUAGGAGGAUGGCUUCUCCUGGAACCAUGGAUCACGCCUUCUAUCUUCCAAGGCCUCAACCAGUCUCUCGGCAUAGUCGACGAAUUCACACUCACUCAACAACUUGGCACAGAAGCUGCAUACAAUAUUCUCAAACCACACUGGGAUAGCUGGUGCACAUUCGCGGAUUUCCAGAAGAUAGCAAACGCAGGAUUCAAUACAGUCCGGAUACCAGUCGGAUACUGGGCAUACGCCCUCGAGGAUGGAGAGACAUACACACAAGGAGCAGCACCAUACAUUGAUGCAGCAGUCGAUUGGGCGAGAGGGACAGGGUUGAAGAUCUGGAUCGACCUGCACGGUGCUCCAGGUUCGCAAAACGGCUUCGACAACAGUGGACAUAGAAUAUCAACGCCAGGAUGGCAGCAGGGAGAUACAGUAGCUCAAACGCUUUCGAUCCUCAACACUAUUACAGCGAAAUACGCUCAGCCAUCAUACCAAGAUGUCAUUGUUGCCAUCGAGCUUCUGAACGAACCUCUGAGCUCGGAGCUGAACCUCGAUACGCUGAAGCAAUAUUAUCGAGAUGGGUACGACCAAGUGAGAGCCAUCAGCGAUACACCCGUCAUGCUACACGACGGUUUCGUUUCCCCCAGCACCUGGAACGGAUUCCUCUCCGUGUCAGACAACAACUCCCAGAACGUCGCCGUAGACCACCACGAAUACCAAGUCUUCACCGACGCCCUCGUCGCCCUCGUCCCCUGGCAACACCGCCAACUCGUCUGCAACAACGCGCCCACAUACGCCUCUGGCGCCGACAAAUGGGUCGUAGUCGGCGAAUGGACAGCCGCCAUGACGGACUGCGCUCCGGCCCUCAACGGCUACGGCAUCGGGGCCCGCUACGACGGCACAUACCCUGGCUCCAGCUAUGUUGGAACUUGUGCCGAUAAGAGCAAUAUCGCGAUGUGGAACGAGACGUUCAAGGGCGAUAUGAGAGGAUAUAUCGAGGCGCAGUUGGAGGUUUUCGAGAGCCAUACGCAGGGGUGGGUGUUUUGGAAUUUCAAGACGGAGAGUGCGCAUGAGUGGGAUGCGUUUGUGUUGCUGGAUAAUGGGUUGUUUCCGCAGCCGUUGGGGAGUUAUGAGUUUAGUGCUAUUUGUACCUCUUAGGGGUCUGGACAAUGAGGGGGAGGGGUGGGACGGGGAAUGAGCGGAGGGUAAUAGCGGAGGCGUUGAAUUGGAAGAGUAGAUGACCGGGUGCAAGGAGGGAUGGAUAGAUGGAUGGGAGAAAAUCGGCGUACAUGCACACUCAUUACAUACAUGUUUACCUUCCUUUCUGCUGCACAAUGGUCUACAGACCUUCGAGAUCGAUAGAUAGAGGCUUGGAAAUACCCG